UCGAAGGGUGAAAAUUCGCGACUAGCGCAGUUCGGAUCUAGCUUUCGCUCGGCUCUGACACGGCCAAAACGACAUCCAGCGGAACAUUCCAGUGAUUUGAGAAGAUUUCCCGCGCCGAAAAAAAAGAAUCUGAACGAGGUGAACCAUGCAGCAAAUCAUCGAUAACAAAGAUGUUGAAAAAUUCAUCUCUGAAACGAAAUAUUUUUUGGACGAGUACGACUCGAUCAUCAGCCAUUGGGAUUUGUCGGGAAAUUUCUUCCUGCACUAUCUGAUUGAAAUUCAUGAAAAUAUUAUUCAGUUGAUAUCGAGGUUUACCACACUUUCGCUGGAUGGUGUAGGUGCGCGGAAACACGAACAUUUCUUCAACCUGAAAUGUUGUGGGCAAGAGUUCCACAGUGUUGCAGAUUUGCGGCGGCAUCAUCAUUCCUGUCGCCACCGAAACUCGGCCUUUCAGGAAACCAACAAUUGUGAGCUUAAAUCGGCUUUGGUGAAACUCGCUUUCUUCAAUCGAAGGGUUAACGGAUACUUGCAGUACGGAACGGUAGCCGAUCGCUAUUUGUGUCUUUAUCUGAAGAAGAUUCUAAAAAAAUAAUGAUUACAUUGGAUACCUUUGCGCUAUAGGAUCUCUGAGAAUUGUAUGAAUGAGAUAGAAUGAAUGUAUUGAAAUGUUCGUCAAGCUUGCUCGCUCUGAAAAAUAAAUUAAUUAUAUGGCAAAAAUAAAACGCUUUGUC